AUGAAUUGGAAACAAGUGUACGCUAGUUCUGAACAUAGAUCAAAACGAAUUUUAUCCGGAAAUGCGAUGAGCAAGGAUCCUAAAUCUAAUAUUCAUAGUCCAAGAAAUAGCCAACAUUCUCAUAAGGGCACUAUGAUUGGUCUUUAGAGGAUUUCAAAAGAGAUUGUAGAAAGCUUAACAAAAGCUUUAACUCCAAAUUGUAAAGUUCGUUAGAAUUCCCCAAAGCCAAUACUGUAAGAGUAAGAACAGAAAUAAAUACAAAAACCUAUCAAGGAACCUGAAUUUUUGAGAUAACCUUUGGAACAAUUAGAAAAUGUAAAGCCACCUAAAGAAUUAGAAAAUAUCGAGUACAUUAAUUUUACUAAAUUCGCUAGGAAAAUAUCACAAUAACCAGUCAAGGAAAUUAGAAUCCCCAAAAAUGAAAAAAAAAUAAGCCGAUAAAGAUCUCAAGAUUUUCAUUCGAAAUAAGAAGAAUGGUUGAGAAAAAAAAAUGAAAAAGUAUUGAAAUAAAGAAUUGAAUAAUAAUGUUAGCAAUAAAGGAAGGAAAACUAUGUUGGUUUUCUAGAAAAAUAAUAGACAGAUAGAUUUCAAUGA